UGUGCCCAGCGAUCACCCAGCCACAAGGCAUCACCAAGAGGUUCUUGGAUGACUCCCGAGCUGACGCCUGCAGCAUUGCUGGUGGUGUUGUCGGCAUCAGAGACAGUCUUAACGAUACCAUUUUCUGCAGUGGAGUGAUGAUUUCCUCGAACACGCUGCUGGUACCACAGGAUUGUUCUGAUUACUUCAAGCAAGUUCUGCAAGUUCCAGAUCUGACCCACUUGGUCAACGUGGGAGGUCAACGGGAUAUUGUCAUAACCAAAGAGAACUUCAACAGUGUAAGCAGAGGUGAUGGCAUGGCCAGUAUUCAACUACCAGAAUCAGUUCAGCUGACCAGCUGUCCAGAAUAUGCCUGCUUGUAUGACAGUGCCACCAUGAGAGGCAGGGUCAACUUUGGCGACUGCUUUUCUCUCAGCUAUGGAAAUCAAGAUAGUGAAGAUCGAACAUACAGCGGUCAAGUCGACAAGAUGAAGAUCUCUGACAUGAUUACCUACCCUUGCUGCGACGUACUCAUGGACGCCGUUAAGAGUCAGCCCAAUGGGACUUACCCAGAUACUGUGGUGAACCAGGACUCCACGACAAUAUGCAUGGGGUCUACCGACUCCACCUGUGCGGGUGACUUUGGAUCUCCUGUCUAUUGCCAAACCUUUGACACCAAUGAAGUCGUCCUGGUAGCAGUGAUCACAUCUGCACCUUGCGAGGCUGGAGUGCCCAUCCUUGCUAACGAUUUGACCAAUGGUGACGUGACAGCUUACUUUACUGGCUAA